UAAAAACUUUUGCAUCUUCAGAUAGUUUAGGGAAGGUCCAAGAAGUAGCAAACUGGCUUUUGGAAAUGAAUCAGGAACUAAUAUCUGUUGGCAGUAAGAGACGACGAACUGGUGGGUCUAUUCGAGGUAAUGCUUCAUCAAGCCAAGUGGAUGAAGAGCAGAUGAAUCGAGUUGUGGAAGAGGAGCAACAGUUACGACAACAAGAGGAAGUUGUUGCAAGAAAUGGGGAAAUUGGUGGCGGGCAACCUGGACUGUGUCAUAGAAAUGAAUCUCAACACGAACCUUUAGAAGAAAACAACAACAGAUUUAUUGAAGUAGAUGAAGAAUACUCUGGCAACCAAGAAGAGGAGGAAGAAGAUGAACAUACUGGUGUACCAGAGGAAGAGGAGGACAUGGAGGAAGAAGAAGAAAUGGAUCAGGACAGCGAUGAUUUUGAUCAGUCUGAUGAAAGCAGCAGAGAUGAACAAACUAAUUGUAAUAGUAUCACAAAUUCAAAUGGUAACAUGGACUUAGCAAUACAUCAGCAGUCAUCACCAUUCUAUAUUAAGUCUAAGGGCCACCCAAUUGACUAACAACUCAAGGCAGUUUUCAAGAAAGAAGGUUAAAAACAUAAAUUGACAAGGCAAUAAAACAUUACUAAGUAACUUCAUAAUAAGUGACUGUAUGCUUCCUAAACUUGUUAAAAAUGUCAUUUUUAACUGUGAACACUAGAGGGUGCCUUCAUAUGACAUUUUGUGAUGCUCCAGUAUAACAUUUGUACUGUUUCUCAUUUUCUUGAUAUUUUUGGAAAGGCAGUUUUAACAUAUGGAAUACAGGUAGUCCUCACUUAAUGACCUUAAUUGGGAUCGGCAACUGUCGCUAAAUGAAGUGGUCAUUAACAGAAACACCAUGUGACCACCCCACUUCACAACGGCCGUUCUGGCAGCCCCUGUUAUAUUGUUAAAAGAAUCCCACAGGUUGUUAAGCUAGGACCCCAAUGCAAGCCAUUCCCAGCUUGGUCACUUCCAGCCCCAAGCCUUGGUUCUUCCAAGGCAAGGGACUGCUCCCCUUCAACUCCGCUCACCUGCCUGCCCCCCAUCUCUGCCCAUUUGGCUUCCCUGCACAGCAUGAAGAGGCCACUGUAUUUCCCUGCCCAUGGCCUGGCACGCCAAAAAGCCCCUGAGCCGCAGUAUGCCAAGAAGCUCCUAAGCCGCUGUGCAGCAAGCAGCCCAGAACCACAGCAUAGCUAAAAGUCCUGUUGCUGUGCCUCUGGGGCAGUUUCCUGCACCAUGGCAAAGGGGCUUCUUGCCCCAAGCAGUCCCUGAGCUGCAGCAUGGCAAGCAACCCCCGAGCCAUGGUGCAGCAAGAAGCACCUCCUUAGAAGACUACCUCCUCCUGUGUCCCAUCAGUGGCUUACCAAAUGAGAAGUACCCCACAUCACUCACCUGGGUCCAUCUUGCAGGGACGCUGUGACGGUCGUAAGUUGAAGGACUGGUUCUGAAGUCCAUUUUUUCAGUGCUGUUGUUACUUUGAAUGAUUGCUGAAUAAAUGGAUGUUAAGUGAGGACUAUUUGUAAUUGUUUCUUAUACAUAUGUAAAUUAUUAGUAACAAAUUAUGGAUAAUUCUUCUAUCCUAAAGUUUGACAACAAUAAUGUAAUUAAAAUAAUGGAAUGGGAUGACAUUUUAAUAUAAUAUUUUUCCCGAUUUUGGGGUUUUUGAAGAUAACAUCCAAACAAAUUGAUAAGGAAUCACUUAGAUUCCAUCCAAUAAAAAGCAUUUGAAUGGCAAAUAUUUUUAGAGCACGGACUUUUCUAUUUACAUUACUCUGCAAGGACUGAAACUGUAAUACUGUUAUGCAAGUUGCUACCAAUUUGAAGCAAGUGCUUCAUGUAAUGAUCAAUUUGUAUUUGUGUGUAUGUUUCAGAGCUGAGUUUUUUUGGCAUCUCAGAUAAUUUUUAAAAUUAAUUAUAGAACCGGCCAAGGCACCUGAGUGUAAAGAAUAAAGCAUUAGAUUGGGAAUAUAUUCAAUAUUUUCUAUAAUUGUGUAUUUUCAAUAUCCUUAUAAAUUAAGAUUCCACAAGCUUACAAAUAAUAGGUUAUUUAAUAUGUAAUUUGUUCUUUCCAUUUUCUUGUGUUUGUCUUGUGGGUACAUGACUCUUUAGACAGAUUGAUAGAUUUAUAUCUUGCCUUUUUUUCUGGAGGUGAAGAUGAUGUAUAGAACAUUCCCUUCUCCAAUUUUUCCUCAAACAACAACCCCAUGAAAUACAUUGAGAGAGUGUGACUGGCCCCAAGUCACUCACUCAGCUUCCAUAUAAAACGGUAGACUUGAAUCUUACUCUUCUCAGUGCAGAACCUUAACCAAAACACAUUAGCUUUAACAAUGCUGUAUUUAGCAUUUUGAAACAUAAACAGAUACUGAGUAUUAUGUCAAAAAAAAAAAGAAAAAGCUUGCUUUUCUGGAUGGAAAUGCUUGUACUUCUUUAAAUGAGGCUUAAAUAUCUGGCCUCAGUUCUAGCUAAAAUGGCAAAAUUAAGAGGGAAAAUUAAGAGUAUUGAUAUAUAUUCCUUGCAAGUUUUAUACUUGGAUAAAGUGAAUAGAGACUACUAAAGAAUCAGUGAGGAUUUACAUGGAAAAGAUAAUGCUCUAUUUCAAAGGAUACACAGGGAUGUGUAAGCGUUCCCUUCUCCUUCAAAGCUGUUAUGAAAAUUGUGAUGUUGAGAAAAAUCUUAAAGGAUACUUACCAAGUGUUUAUGUAGAUGCUGAACAAAUUGGUCAUUUAUCCUCAACACAUCUGUCUUCAUUGAAGAGAGAUGAAUAUACUGUAUUUGUUUAAA